CGAUCAGAACAAUCUUGUCGAUAUCUUGCGCAGUUUGCGACUGGACAACAAUUCCAAGUUGAAUGUCAAAGACUUUAAAAUUGAGAUUUUUAAUAAUAAGCCGGAAUAUACAAUCACGGCCUUUUUUUCAGCAGUUUGAACGGGCAGCAGACACUCUUAGCUGGGACAACGACCGUAAAGUUAAAAUGCUACCCAACUAUCUCGGUGAAGCACCACGCCGUUACUUUGAAGGUUUAUGGCCUGUUAACAAAUCAUACUCGUAUGAUCAGUGGAAAUCAGUUUUAGUUGAGCGCUUUCUACCAGAAGAUUACGAAAUGAUUAAACGACUUGAGUUAUCGAAAAAAGUUUUCAAGAAAGGCAUGGACAUCAACCAGUUUUUGGACGAAAUGCAAAUACUUUUUCAGGACAUUGAUGCACUCAUGCCUGAAAAGUAUAAAAUCGCGGAAAUAAAUCGUGCGUUCUCUGAUGUCCCUGAGUACCGAAAGUUUCUGGCUAUCACAAAAACCAGCACGGUUAGUGAUAUCCGAUCCGUACUUACGAAACUCGCUGUUGUAGAUCGCCCUGACGCUAGCGGGUCUGAAUCCAACCCGAUCGAAGUUAAACAUUACAGUGAACGUGGUACACCGCAGCAGUACAGCACUACCCAGCGCUCCCGUUCACCCGGUCCCUACCGAUCGCGUAGUCCGCCCUUUUAUCGGGGCAGUGCAGAGCGUCCUAGUCAGUAUGGUGACCGUAGCCGCUAUCGCCAAUCAAGCAGCGAUCGCCCGGUUGACCGCGACAGGCGCCGGUCUGAUGACUCUCGUGACCGUUUCCGCUCGCGCAGCCGUGAUCACACUGAUACACGUUAUCGUCACCACGCAUACAGCGCCACCUCUGACCGAUACCGCUCGGGUAGCCGCAGUCGGGAUGACGCCCGGUACAGUACACCCGGCCGCACCGGCUAUCGUUCACCAAGCGCCGAUCGCUUUGGUCAGCGUGGGCGAAACUCCGAUCCCCGCCCGCCGUAUGGUGAUCGAUAUGCACGUGAGCACCGCGAUGCACGAUCAGACCGCCCCAGUGGUCGCGAGCGCCGGUCAUCCCGUGAUGACCCGAAGCGCAUACCGCCCAAGUUUAUUGACUUCGACAGUUACCGGUUGGACAACGGCAAGAUCUUUUGCCCGAAAUGUCAUGAUUUUGCUCAUUCGUACAAAGAGUGCCCAAAGGCUGCUGCCGACGAUAAGUUUCGCAUAGAACGUAUCUGCCCCCAAGAUGUCAAGAGCAAAGUACAGCGCGAUUACGAUGACUAUGUGCAGUAUCGCCUUUCGAAAGAGGGCAAUGCGUUCUGGGCUACCGCUCAGGGAAAAGAAUGAGGCCUUACGAUGUCGGAGGUCCGUACGGCCGUAGCUAUCAACCUCCCAAAUUUUACUCGCAAGCUGAAAUUCACACCUUUGACGUACAAAUGCACACAGAUACAAUACCUAUGCUGCCCAGCACGGUCAGCCCGUACGCCGGCCUCCCAAUGCCUCAAACUGUCAGUCCAGCUUACAUACUCAUGAAUAUC